UAGAAAUAAGUGAAAAUAGAACACAAAACCAUUAAAAUCAAAUCGGGCGGGCACACACACACACACACACUGACGAGGCGGAAUCGAGCAGCGGCAGAAGACACACCAGCGGCCCCGCUCGUCACUACCACACCACACCAACGCCUGUGUCUCCCACCAUGUCGCUGCCCAUGAACUGCCCCUUCAAGGCCGCCAGUGCCCAGGAGAGCGACUACGGCUCUGAGCUGGGCAUGCUGCGCCGCGCCCCCACCACUACCUCCGCACACCCCCUGGAGGAGUCUGAGCGCACCUACUACAAGCGGCAGGAGGAGCAGAGGCUCUCUUCAGCCAGUAGGGCCUUCGGCAUCGGCUUUUCGCUCCACGCCAAGCACGAGAGAGCAGCAGCCGGGUGUAGAGACAUCGGACACAUGGAGUUCCUGCCCCGGUCCAACGCUCACCUCCAGGCCCUGACCGGAAGGGACUUGACACUGGACUUCACCGACACUCUUGGGGUCAUGCCGGAGGUCACCGUCAACCCACAGCUGUGCAUGGAGCGGCAACAGAAGAAACGGAUGCUCUGAGGCUUACUGUUCUAGGGUUAACCUUUCGAGUAGGGUUUGAGGGGCUAAGGUCCAUAUAAGCUCUUCGAGGCUUCAGUACAUCUAUUUAAAAGGGCUCACACAGAAGUUGUACAGGUUUCCAUGGGUGGUUUUGUGACCCUAGCAGUAGUUUUGGAAGGAUUCUACGCCAUGAACGGGAAAAAGAAACUCACGACAACCAGACAUAUCUUCUCUGUGGCCUUUGAAAAUAGUCGUAAUGGGAGCCUGAAGUGGUUGAUAACACGAGUCUUAAGUCCAUAUUCUUAUACGUAUCAGGCUUCCAUUACUAUUUUCUAAGUUCACAGAGAAAAUUAACUGGGUUUUCAUGGGUAAUUUUCCCGUUCAUAGUGCAGAAGUUGUAUAGAACUAUUACCAGGAUCACAAAACAAACCAUGAAAAUCCCAGCAACUUCCACGAGAGGCUUUUCAAAGAGGCAAACUGGGGUGCCGAUACGUUUAAAGAAUAUGGGCUUAAUUCUCUUAAACUGUUAUUCCCAUUUUUGUUAGCUGCCUUUUGAAUAGGUUUGGAGGAGCUAAUCCACUCACCGUAUUAGUCCCACUUUUAUCUUAUGAGUAUUUUGUCAUAAGAACUUAAUGUGUUGUGGAACCUUUUGUAACUUCACCCUUAUGAUAGUUAUGUUAAUUGGCUGAGUCACGCUUAUCUCCUCCCGCCACUACAAACAAUCCACUUCCCAUAAUAAAGGUUGAUUUUC